UACGAUCUUGCCGCACGCAAACCAGCAGGUGGCGGUAAUGUAUCUAAAAGUUGAAUGCAAACCGCCAUUAAAAAUCAAGAAGAACCUCUUUGGCCAAUAGUACGCCGUUUCCUGUGUUUUCUGUCUCUGACUGGUUGAUAUCACUGUUUUGCCGGAUGAAAGGUCUGGCCAUGGCGGAGGUCAACGGCUGUAUCAGGAGUGGAGCACAUAAACUCUGUGCUUUUAAAACGCUACGGACGCAUUGUCAUUUUCACCCGCUGCGUCUGUACAGCUUCAGGGCAGCCGGUGAUUCCUCCGCUCCGCUCUACCGCAGCCGAACUGCCUAUUACGAUAUCCUGAAAGUUUCCCCGAACGCCACGCAAGCCCAGAUCAAGAGCGCCUAUUAUAAACAGUCGUUCCUGCACCACCCGGACCGGAACCGCAGCCGCAGCGAGGAGGCGGCGCGGAGCUUCGCGCUCGUCUCUGAAGCCUACAGUGUGCUCGGCAGCAGCGGCCUCAGGAGGAAGUACGACCGCGGGAUACUCAACCAGACGGACGUGCAGAACGCCGGGAAACCGUCUUCCUCAGACGCGUCAAACCAACGGCCUCGACGCGCCCCGAACGCGUCAAAGAGCGGCGGCAACGGCAACUUUGACUUCGAUGCGUUUUAUCAGGCGCAUUACGGCGAGCAGCUGCAGAGAGAGAAGCAGAUGAGACACAGACGAGAAGAGCUCCAGCGGCUGCAGGAGGAGAACUUCCGGAAGUGGAAGCAGGGGAAAAUGACUGAAGUGACGGUCGCGUUUCUGCUGGUUUGUGGAGGCGUCAUUCUCAUGAGCUUGAGGUCCUGAAUGAAUGUUUUUAAGAAGAAACGAGAUGUCAUUGACUGACUGCACAUGGUUCACAUCUGGAUCUGAACUCUUUUAACAGUUAACAAGGUUCUGUUUGUUUUCUGUCAUAUAUUUAGGUUAUUUAUUUUCAGGAAUGGAAUUAAUAUUCACAUUUCCUGUGAAUGUGCGAUUUAGUCUAAAAAGGUAAAAAUAAGAAUAAUAAACCACAAUCCACUGUUUAUCCACUGUCCCCCUCCCUCUUGCAGCAACUCUUCUCUUCUCUGAUGAGAUCCACCAAUAGCUAACCACAACCAUCCAAACAAUUCCCCACAGACAAAUCAAGCCCCGCCCUAUAUUUGUUCUUGUUCCAGAAGCGUUUCACUCAAAUAUGAUAUCCCACAAUCCUGUGUGUUCGUUUCCGUGUCAUUUAUUUGCAGUCAUAGCAUAUUCUCCUGAAGCUAAUGUCUGUGUUAACUGUAGAAUUGCUGCUGGUUUGCCAUGUUCAACAGAGGAAGACACUCGUCAUUUAUUUUUUCCCACAUGUGUAUGUCUGCAGCUACAGAUGUGUAUUCAUCUGUUUCAGUCGCGUGAUUUCCGCUCAUCCCUCAUAUUUAUGAUGAAAGUAAUGGCAGUGAAUACAAAAACACAUGAACAGGAACAAAUGUUGAUCAUUGGAGUUGAUCCAUAGCAGGUCCCAGAAGUCAGCACAGAUCCUACCAAAUCGAACACUGGCAGACACUUAUUAAAGAAUGUGUGGUGAUACGGCCACGACCAGGGCUUGAUAUUAACACCUACCAAAUGUAACGCAGUCACUCCUUCUAGCCACUUUGAUGGAUUGAAUUUUAUAUAUAAUAUAUACAUUUUUCAACUGUGGUCUUUUAAAAAGGCAUCUGAAUUAAACUAAGUGCAAUGUAGUGUUGUCAAAAAUAUAAAUUUUUCAAUACAUAUCGAUACUAAAAUA